GCCUUUUGAUCCGGAAACGGACACACUUUUCUUCUUCUCGAAGCAUGGCACUGGCGAUCACUGUAGAUUCCUGAUCGGUGUCGAAACUCUUCCAACACUUGGGGCAAUUACACCCAUUUCCAACAUUUCAUCGUUUGCAAUUGGAAAUGGUUCUCGUAGCUUAAAAACUUGGCGGUGCGGUGUUAUUUGUUUCAGAGUUGACUCAUUUUUAGUGCUUUGGAUGUGAAGAUGGACUUGCGGGAAGUGAGACAUAAAGUAGAACAAAGCGAUAUAUGUAGAUGCAGUGAACUGAAAUUGAGGUGUGAAAGAGCUGAAGAAAAAUGUGAAGAGUUAGAAAUGGAGGUUCAGGUAAGGAAGAUUGAGUGCGAAUUACUUCAGGAUCAAAUGAAGAAAUUGAAGUCAGAAAAGUUAGCAAUUGAAGAAGAGCUGAAAGUUUGGAUGGGUAAGGGUUAUGAACCUGGACAGCGGGUCGGUUGGGAUAAAAAUGGAAAGAAGAUUCAUUUUGAGGAUGAAAAGAAAGAAGGAUUUGUGAAUUUAAUUGAUAAGAAUGAAGUGGAAGAUGAGGUUGUUCAACUAGUAAUUGAGAAUAAUGUUUUGGCAUGUGAGAAGAAGGCUGCUGAAAGUGAGGCUGAGCUGUGGAAAGAUAAGUUCAAAAAAUUGGAGAUUCAGAUCCGGAAGUUGGAUGGAAGUUUCAUUCUGAAAGGUGAUGAGCCAGUGGCAGUGCUUUCUGGGGGCUUUGAAGGGGGAACCAGAUCGCCAUUGAGUCCCGAAGCUCGUGUUCCGGUUGGUGUGGCGUCUACUCCUUAUUCCCUUAGUAAAGGAAUUGGAGACUUGCAAGCAGGAACACCCCCAAACGGCUCACCAUACAAUCAUACUGUUUCUCUUGGGAAAGGAAUGAAAUUCCAUCGUAUAGAAUCUUAUUUCAAGCAUGGAAAUCGAUUUAGAAGACAGUUGGAUUUCGAAGAAGAGAACCCCAGUCAGAAGAUGGCACCAUUAACUCCUGCUGUUUCUAGACCUGUACAUGGCAUCAUUAACAUAGAUGAUAGUGAUGAUGAACCAAUUAUUGCCAAAUUGCCCUCUCCUUAUUCUCAGAAAAAGAGUGAGGUCUGUGCUUCAGCAGCUCAAGCUUUAAGUGGGUGUAGAUCCUUUGGUUCCGAGGAGAAAAUUGGCAAUGGCAACAGAAAAAAUGCAGAAAAUAUGGAAGCGUUUAGCGAUGAUUUUACAUUUAGUUCAACUCCCAAAAGGAAACGGGCUUCUAAUAUUAUAACUAGCGACACUGAAACUGAUGAUGACGAUAAUGUUCCAAUCUGCAAAUUGAAGGGAAUGCCUCUUCAGAAAACCAACCGUACACAAGGAAAUUCAGAAUUGAAUAAUGGCCCUGAUACUGCUUCUACUCCUGCAUGUGACAAAGUUGCGAUUAGUGCAACUCCUGCAAGGAGGCGUUUGGUGCCACUAAGAAAUUGCUACGAGAAAGGCAGUGGAAAGAAGAACUCUUCAAGUCAGAUCAUUGAGAGUAAGAAUAGGAUGGAGGAUGUUGGAGAUGGAUUGGAAGAUGUUGGGUCGGAGCUAGAGACCGAGGGUGAAAGCUUGGAUGGAUUUAUUGUUGAUAGGUCCGAUGUUUCGGACGUUGGAAGUGCUUCCCAGUCAGAAGACUUAUCAAAUGGCAGUGAAGAAUAUGAUGAGAUAAUAUGUAAGCUAGGGAGGAGAAGAAAAGAGUUGAAAUGGGAGUAUGAGGCUGAUAUGCUUGCAGCUUUUGGUAAGGAUCCUGAAUUGUGUAUGAAGUCUGUAUGCGCUCUUUAUCGACAGCAAACCCCCGAGGAAAAAGUUAGUAAAGAGACGCUCUUUUUUAACAAGAGAGGAUUCAGCAAGUUUGAUGCGAUCAAGGGCACCAGGUUGGCUGAGUUUCUCACCGAUGGCGAUCCGCAAGGUGAUCUCAACAAAUCUGUUAAAGAAUUGGAGGAGUAUGACCCAAAGGCCAUCGACCUCUGCAGAAAGCUAGCAACACAUUACUCUAAGCAGUUGUUUGAGAUUUAUGGCAAAAAAGAAGACCCUUUCUUUUUACCUGCAUGAUAUGAACUCAUGGAUUCCACUGCCAAAAUGCACACUCAAUGUAAGACUCGACACUCUCUGCUUGAAGAAACUCCAAAAAAAGGGUACCCCCCCAACAAAGAAAAACUUAUUGACAUGAUUACUCUCUAAAAGAAAAGCUAUAAUGAUGUAGGAUAGUUGGUUGACAUGUAACCUCUGGAUCUCAUUGUAAAUUUUGUGUGUAUAUGAUAAUUAUAUAUUUCUAGCUAGGAUCUAUGUUGGAUAUUCUGCACCGGUUAUGGUAAUUUGGUUACAGAAAAA